AUGUAUGUGAAAUCUGGAGUUUGCCACAUUGGUAUCAGUGACCAUUCACUUGUAUAUGCAAUUCGUAAACUUUGUGUAUCUAGAAAGGAUCCUAGAAUAAUUCGCAGCAGGCAAUUUAGAGAUUUCAACGCAAAUUCAUUUAGAUAUGAUCUCAGCUUAGCCCCGUGGCAUAUCGUUGAGGAGUACGAAAAUGAUCCAAAUCUUGCUUGGGAUGCUUGGAAAACUAUAUUCCUGAAAAUAUCUGAUAUUCAUGCACCCAAUCGGAGUAGAAAAAUUCGAAAUAAGCACUCUCCUUGGUUAACCCCAGAACUUAAGAAAUUGAUGUUUGAGAGGGACCGACUGAAAAGAAUAGCAAGUAAACAUGAUACUGAACGUAACUGGUCCAAGUAUCCAGAAGUGCACGAAAUAAUGUUAACAGAUGUAUACAAGAUGCCAAAGUUGCAUAUUAUCACAAUUACUUUAGAAAUAGCUUUGGUGAUAUUAAAAACACAUGGGAAG